AUGGAGCACCUCGUGUAUGACCCGACUCGUCGGACACGGGUGUACUACCUCAAGGCCGAAGGGAUGGCGACGUUCAAGGUCACGGUCAUGCUUCAUGCAAGAAUGGUGGAGAAGUGGACACGGGACGUGAAGAGGGACUUUCUAGACGCCGCAGCGACCAAGUGCGUCGGGUUGGGCUGCGAUUUCACCGCCCCUCGCAAUCACAAGGUCGACGAGAAGCAGCGCGCCACCGUCCUUCAACUCUCUGUGGCGUCCGAGACGUUGGUGUUCCAUAUGAUUCAUGCCAAUAUAAAAGUGCCACACGUGCUCAAGGAUUUCUCGGAGGACGGGAACAUCAAAUUCUGCAGCGCCGCUAUCGAAAAUGAUGUGAGAAAGCUAGAAAUCGACGGCAUUCACAUUACUUGUGCAUACGACCUCCAGAAGAUAGUCGCGAACCCCACUAGGAAGCCCACUCCAAGUCUACAUGAUUUGGCAAACCAUACCAUUGGGACAAACCUUGAGCAGAAGAAGAAGAAGUACGACGGCAAGAAGAAGAGGGACGCCUCCGCGCAAGAAAAAGAAGAUGAGCUCAUUUUUCGAUGGGGCAAUUAUCCAUUAGGCUACGAGCAAGUGCACUAUGCAGCACUAGACGCUCACCCGAGCUUCGAGAUUGCUAGAAAGUAUUGA